UCUAGAAUUGACAAGUUUGUGAAUUUCAUUUUAUACAUUUCGUCUUAUUUUUGGGCCAAUAACUGUUUUUUAGAUCGUUUACGCACCUAGUAGUUACGCUAAAUGUAAAAUUGAAUGUUUUAAUUUUGUGACGGUGGCUCAAAACCUGUGUAAUUCGUUUUACUUUCCAGUAAGAACUACAUUUGGUACGAUGAUAACAAAAGAUAUAAAAAUCUCGUCUUGUCUCCAUAUAUGUUCUUUUUAUUCGCCAGUUUGUAGUACAUAUUAGCGAGUCAUGUUAAACGAGGAGACUGAGUCGUAGUUACGUACACGUAACUGUAAAAAAAGUGAUUAUAGGGUUUGUGACGUCACUGAGAGAAAUAAUAAAUUUCGUGCUAGUGUAUGAUGUUUACUUAUCUUUUUCUGUGAGUGCGAAGAUAUUUGUGUAAUCGUGUCGAGUGGGAAGUUCGGGGUGCGGAGUCGGUGUUCCGCGAGGAUGGGCGGCGAUGUCUGCCCCCUCCGAUAGCGCUCCAGGCUCUUCACCAUGUGCGUGCACGAAUAUAUCUCUUAUGCAAUUGUUUCAUGAGCUAAAACAGAAGUUCCCCGGUGUUCCCGAUCAUGUUGUGUCCAAUACGAUCGAAUUGUACUGCCACGACAAGAAAGCUUGCGAGACCCACCUCCAUCGCGAAGUCAAGGCCUCCCUAACGCACGCCUACCAUGCCUCAUCCUUGGCCGCGGCCCGCCAGCUCAGCGAACUGAAAGCCAAUCCUCCGGUCAAAUGUCGAAACCAGCCUAUCGUUAAGCACGACAUUGUCAGAUCGGAAGCUCUAGAGGCGACGACCUGUCCAGGCCCCCAAAAAGCGACCAUUAGCUCCAUAGCGGAGCUCAAAGGGAACAUAAACACUGAUGAUAAUCAAAAUAUUGUGUUGGAGAAAACUGGUGAAUGUAAUGUAUCAAGUCCUGUUACGGUCAAUAUCGACAAGUGUGAGGCAAAAUACUGUUCAGAUUCACCGAGCGAUUUAGAGCUAACCAAUGAAGAUAAGAGUGCCCAGGUGCCAGCCAGACAACCUGUAGAUUUUCCCAAGAAAAUUGUAAAAAAUCAGCAGGAUGGCAAUCUGAAAGAGCAAGAGAAUACGAAUUAUAGAAUACAUAAGAGCAAUAAGAUUACAGCCAACCUCAAUGAAAAAUUAGAGUUUGUAAAAGAAAAGAAAACAAUAAAAAAAGAGGAGAUCAAACUUCAGGAGAAGCCUCAACGUCCUAACACAUUGAAUUUUAUUAAAGCAAAUCCGGACGCGGGAUUUCAAGAAAAUUUGAAGCAACCAAGCUCAGAGCCCUGUCGGACAGUCUCCCCUGCACCACCACAUAAAGAAGCAAAAGAACAGAAGCCCGGGAAUUACAGACAAGAAAGAGGUUUCCCUCUCAAUUUAUCUGUGAAUGUCAACUGUCAUAUGGACUUGAGCCAUGGAUACGAUCCAUGGUUAGAAGAUUACGAUAGUCCAAGAGCAAUCACGUCAGUCAAUUUGACAGUCUGUACACCGACAUCCAACAUGGCAAGUCCGGUGAGAGAUACCAGGGAUGAUGACAGUGGCUUUGAGGGUCAUGUUACAGUGACGGUGAGUCCAAGUACUGCUAGAGCUCCUAGAAGAAGAGCACCGCCACCUCCGCCACAGGCCUCACAACUUGAGUCCCCAAGAUUCACGAGAACUGCCCCUGAACCACCUGACCAAACCAUAGAUCGUUCCCUUAUUGAACGUCAAAAAGAGCGUCUUUCUAGGUUAGCUAGCGCCCUAGCACAGGAAAAAGGACGGCUAGCUCAGUUAAACCAGGAGACACAGAUUUUGACUGCACCGCCUCCCACACCAAAUAUGACUCAGAGGCUCAAAGAUUAUGUUGAGUGGCUAAGGGAUAAAUGUGAUUCUUUAUCAAAACGUCUAGAAAUGCAAGGCACUGAACCCGAUGUUGGGAAUUUCUACAGCAACAUCUACACGGGACAGAGGCCACCGUCGUCGUGGCAGUGUCACAUGUGCACCUUCCGGAAUCAUCCACUGUUGGACAAGUGCGAGGAGUGUGACAUGCCACGGAUACUCGUAGGUACGUCUCCCGCUACCACACAUGACUCCGGGUUUGGCUCCUUCCGUGACAGAAACAGACGAGGCAUCAAAAACAGUGGCAAUACAGACGUAACAGAUGCCCCCAUAUCCAAUCUGUGUAGUGACUGUCAUGCUGUCAACGUUUGAUGCCUUAUGAGUGCCUUACAAGUGCUUGUCUUAAGUGGAACUAUAUAGGUCGUGAGAAACUUAACCCAGCAUGUGGCAUGACCACUGGCAACAUGGACUUUUGUUGUUGUCAUUAUGGCAUAUUGCUAUUUGUUCCUUCCUGUUUGUAACAUUUUGAAUUAUUGCAUGUUUCCAUGUGUUAAGUGUGUAUUAACAAUAGUUGUAUAGAAAUUACUAUAAAGUAAGAAAAUAUUUAGAUUUGUUACCAUUCUAUGGUCAUCGAUUGAAUUUAUCGUUAUUUGUAUAUUUGACUUUAUAUAGGGUUUUUACAAUUUACUAAUUGGUUAUGUUAAGACUUAUUCUGUAUUUAAGAUGUUAUUUAAGUUUCGCGUUAUAAUUUAGGUGCGAUGUUAUAUAUUUAUUGUUGUAGUUGUAAAGACGAGCCUGAUCUAUUUUUACAUCACUGUAUGUCUGGUCAUAACAUCACAAGAUCUCAUAAAAAGACUAUCAAAGCACCUUGCCAAAAAUAUUUGUUUCGAAAUUUUUUUGCCAACUUUAUAUCUUUGCUCAAACAUAUUAAUUGCUCAGUUAGGUUUUGAGUAAAUCAUAAUAAAAACUUAAAAAAUAAACUAUAACAAAUUUUCAAUAGGAAAUAUAAAAAGGUGUACUUAAAUUUACCGUUUACGUAUAACAUUAAAACAAUAAGUUGUUGGUUA